CGGUGUUGUAUUUUUUCGAAAAAACAGUACGUAGUAACAGAGGGAUGUCCGGCCACGUCGGAGAAGCUUCUGGCCAAUCUGAGUUGUCAUGGUGCACUACAAAGAGGCCCAAUAAAACAUCGCUACGGAGGUGGUGUGUCAUGUAAGACAUGAGUUGUCUACACGUGUUUUCGAGCAAAGGGGAAGUGUUUGUCUCGCUACGCUUGUGAGGAAACUGCAUCGUGAGUAGAGAAGGAGAGGGAUCGCGAAAUACGGGGUCGUAUCGGGGUUACAGAUCUUUCGCCAUCGAUUAGCCUGUCGCGAAUGAAUACCCCGAGACAGCCACAAUUGUAGCGAUGUAGGGUCUACUACUAGACCAACCCACAUGAACUUCUUUGUUGUUGUUCCAACACUUCUUCAAGAAAUAACUGGAGACAAACAGCCAAAAUAGGUUUUUUUUCUACGGAUCUUGCUUGACAAUAACUCUUGUACGGUAGAAAGACCACCACCAUGCCGGCGCGAAAUUACUACGACACGUUGGAUAUGCAAUGCAAAAGUAUUUUAGAUAGUCGUAUAAAUGCAUUUACAAAUUUUGUCAGCAUGAGAAAUACAAUUUGUAAUGCGGAUUUGAGUUAACAAAUAUAAUGGAUUUGUAUUGCAUGAUUGCAAGACGAAUGCGAUACUUUUGCACAGGAUAUUGGAGGUCGGGAGGACCGCGACGGACUUCGAACUGAAAAACAGCUACAGAAGGUACCGUACGUACUUUCGAAUUAAAGAAUUAUUGCGUUUCAUGCAUGGCAAACUGGAAUGAUCAUACCACGUUUCGCAUGAGAAAUUUAUUUCAAAAACUACUAAACUAUUUAUCAGGCUCGCGCUCAAGUACCACCCAGACAAAGAUGCAGCAAACUCGGAGCACUUUCGGGAAAUCGCAGAGGCUUUAUCCCGUGCGAAAACGUCCCCACUCUAGAACUGUCAUGCACGUCUGCAUGCCUAACUUGUUUCUCAUGCGCCGCCACAUGACAGGCAUUUUCUAAUGCUAUCAAUCUGCUGGGAGUUUGUCAUGCUAGAAUCUGAAUCGGCAUACCAUAAGAGUCUCAAUUUCUCAUGCGGCUGCGCUACCAGCUUCUACACAACUGGAUUCUACUUACACUGCGAGAACCCCAGAUUUGUCAUCCGCCUCAGCAAAUAAACCUUGUUGAUUUGUGUUGCAAAGUUCCCCAUCUUGAUUCUGGGGUGGAGACGUUUUUGCUCCGGAUAGGCUUUCGUGGUCCUGUCAGAUCCGUUGAAGAGGGCGAAGUUUGACCAGUACAGAAAAAUCUGAAUGUGUAGUCCAACAACUUGGAGUUGUUGUCCUUUAACGCAUGACAGAUGAUAUCGUGUCUUUUCUGAAGUAUGCAUGACAGAGUGUCUUCGCCGGAGUUCUCGUUUAUUGUUUUUGCUAAAGCCGUAUUUUUUCUCUUGCAGGUAUGGUGAAUCCGGGCUGAAAGACGGUGUUUUGGAACAAUCUGAGUACCGAGGAUGGCAGUACGUUGGCGACCCGAUGACGCUCUUCUACGAGUUUUUCGGGGAGACCAGCCCGCACGCAAUCAUGCUGAACGAACACAAGGGGAAGUUCAACCUCGGUAAGUACUGAGAUAGAGAUUUUUGUUCUACUUCGAGAAUUGCUGUACAGCAAGAACAGAACAAAUGCAAAAUCUACAACAGUUGAACAAUUAUUUUUCGUCCGAAAAAAAAACCUUAGUCCCACGAACAAUCACUGUGACACCCGGGGUUGCACCAGAACACGACUUGGAACUCCGAUGCACUUUGGAGGAGCUCUACCGAGGCUCAACAAAGAGCUACAAAAUCGACAGACAACGAUUCGAUCGGGAGGGAAGAUCGUACAGUUUCAGUAGAAGAUUUUGGGAAGAUCGAUACUUUCAAGAUUCUCUUGCGAUGCAUAAUAUCCGUCUGAAAAUGUAGAAGUCGGAAGAUCUGUCAUGCAGAGUAUGGACCCUCGUGAUCGUCGUGCUGGUCGAGCUGCACAUACUGUAAUACUUAGUAUCCUGUCAUUUUUCAACAACCGAAUACACUCUAUCAGGUACGUCGACACAAAAGCCCUGACCAUCAAAAUAGAACCGGGUUGGAAGCCGGGAACCAGACUGCGCUUUGCAGGUAUAGUACUAGUACGGGUUAAUUUGUGUCGAUGUAGGUUCUUUGUCAUGCGGAACGCCUCUUUGUAAUGGUUGACGUUCAAAAGCUUUUGUCAUGUGGAUGCGACAGCGAGCAUGACACAUUUACCGUCACAGGUGAGGGCAACCAGCUGCACCCGAGUGAGAAAAAGGCGGCAGAUGUGAUAUUUACCGUGGUGGAGGACGUGCACUCAGUAUUCGAGAGGAUACCAGACACCUACGACCUGAUCUACAUCCACAAGUACCUACUACAUGAUGAAAUAUAUUUUGCUUCAUUUUCUCUUGUUGAAACAGAUGUACCAAACUGCAUGACAAAAUGCGUUUUUCGUGCAUGAUGCGUUGCAUGCGAAAUUUGAGCACCAGUUUUCUGAUUCACCUUCUUGGAACCAUUAUCAGGUGCACCCUCCUCGAGGCUUUAACCGGACACGUGAUCAACCUCGAGCUGUUAGACGACUCGGUGCUGAACCUCCAUGUGCCCGAAAUCGUGACGCCGGGCUACGAGAAGCGCGUGUUGUCGCACGGAUUGAAGCUAAAGUCGGGGAAGUGCGGAGAUUUAGUGGUCCGCUGGGACAUCCAAUUCCCGAGUUUGAGCUCCGAGCAGAAAUCCGCACUGAAGGGCAUCUUGAAGAAGUAGUUAUUGCAAAGGCGAUGUCAAUUUCUAUUUAGUAGAAAGUACAAGUGCGACAAAGGGAAAAAUAUUACCAUGGCGAAGACCGGACAGCCAUCGUGAUUUUUCUGAACAUAUUAGACCCUUCCUAGUACCGCGUGAUUACAAUUGUGAGACAGAUUCUUCAGACACAACGUGAUUCAAAACUACUAAACCGUGAUUAUUAUUAUGGGGCACAAAGUUUAGCAGAAAAAGAGCCAUCCCGCCAGCGGGUGACUUCUAUUUUUACAGACAGCUAUGAGCAGAAGAGUCCGUCAGAGAGUACGACUGUUCUAAGAUUCUCGGGCAGAUGAAUAGGAGGAGACGAGCUUACUACCAGUCUCCUCCCGUGCGUGACACAACCGUGAUUUAUUGUUUACCAGGACUAGUUUACAGUUUCAAAGACGCAGAUCAGACACUAAGAUUCUAUACGAAACAAAUCAGCUUGAUGCAGACAGGCCGGUGGCGGUGCUGUCGGGCGUGAGACAAAUUUAUUGGCGUUAUUCAGCAAGAAGAAAUCUUCGAAUCGUAGUUAUUACACUAACUAUGCAAACUACGGAAUGGCUUGAACAGUGAUGAUGUAAAUAAAACGCAGCUAAUGAAACGCAAGCGCAACUGUAAUAUACAGAAGUUUC